AUGACGAGCGAAGACGAUGGCGACAUCUCCGAAGACCGGGCAUUUGAACCCGCGGCUGUAGCUGAACUAACAAAGCCCGUGGUGGAGAUGGUCAGUGCGCCCGCGAAGAAACUCCUUGACAAACUCAAGCUGGGCAAGGCGAAGUCCGCCGACGACCUCUUCACCCAGUUCAAGUGGGCCGCUGCCGUGGCGAAAGCCAGCAAAAAGAACCCCGAAGCGGCUGAAAUGACGAUGGUGACAACGCUGACGGCUCGCUACGGCGAUGAAGGGCUGGCCAACAUGAUCGGUGUUGCUAAAGAUUCCUACACCAGGUCUCUCGCCAAGAAACUGGAGGAGGACCUGUUCACAAAGUGGCUGGCUAGUGGCAAAACGGCGGGCGAUGUGUUCACACUGCUCAUGCUUGACGAGACAGGGAUCAAACUCUUCGAGAGCCCGGCAGUUAGGUCUUGGAUGCUCUACAUGGAUCAGCUGGGCGGCGUAACGAAUCUGGAUGAGACGGUGUUUCUGGCGUUGAAGGCUUGCUACGACGACGCCGGUCUGGCCAAGAUACUCGUUGAGGGCAAGGGGGUCGGCAGGAUGAUGAUGAUCGUGGACAAGUUCGAGAAAAUGCAGUGGAGCUAUUGGGAGCACGGUGGCAAAAGCGUCGACGAUGUUUUCAAGCUGCUGAAGCUCGAACAAGCUGCUGCGAAACCCAGUUUUGAACACUUGGAUCGCUUACGCGCGCACUCUGGGAAAGGACCCACGCCCUACGACGAUGGAGCUCUGGUGAUCAAGCUGCUCAUUCCUGCGAAGGAAGUAGCAGGCACUAGAGUGGUGGCUUGUGGACUGGAGGAGGCUUUGCUCAAAGACUGGAGUGCCCAAGCGAAAUCCAUCGACCGUGUUUUCAGCCUUCUGAAGCUCAAAAGGGAAGGAACGGGGCUUUUUCAAAGCCCGGUGACUGCGAUUUGGGCGUCGUACGUGACCAAGCUUGAUGACGAGACAGCGGCCUUCACGACAUUACAGAGGCACUUUGGCGACGUCCAGCUGGCCAGGAUGCUUGGUGGAGCGAAGCACCAGGCCGAGCUGACCAAAGCCAGCGACAUGGAGACGUUCACCGGCCGCCUCCUGAACCUGCAGUUCAAAAGCUGGUUUAACGAACGGUUGACUCCUGCUGCCGUCGCAUCGAAGCUGAGUGGGUAUGACAGCAGAGACUCGAAGGUCUAUCUCGCCUACUUCGGCUUCUACCGCAAAGCUACUCGGGUGUGA